GACCUCUUCUGUCUUCUCAAUAAUUCAGUUAACAAAGUGCAAGUUAGUGGAGGUGUCUCAGACGGAUUUCUAUUCUCAAAGGAAUCUCUCACGCCUCUACGCCUCACCUUAACUCUUCUCCUGUUCACCAGUCUUCUAGAGAGAGAUCAUUAUCUUCCGUUUUCUCUCCUCCUGGGACCGCCGAAAUAGAAUCACCGCCAUGUUUUCCGGCGAAUUUCCCGAGGCGGAUGACGAAAAUCCGAACUCAAAGGAGCUCUCAUGUGCUCAUCAGUCUUGCGCGGCGGCGGAGAGGGAGCCUCCGACAAUGACGAUCGAUCUCGAUCUCGAGGCUUCAUGGACUUUCGAGCAGAUCAUCCCGGGUUCCACUUUGAAUCCGUACUCUUCCUUUGUUUUCCCCGGCUCCAGUCAGCCUUGCUCCCCUCUUUGGACGUUUCCGGAGGAGAGUCCUUGGGAUCCAGAUUAUUUUGUUGAAGGCGUGCCUGGACAAGAUGAGGUAUCAUUUCUAGGGUUUACUCCAAAAGAUGAUCUAGAUGGAUCUUGUGUAAUCAAGGAGAGGUUGACUCAAGCUCUGAGAUACUUUAAAGAAUCAACCAGAGAACGUGUCCUGGCCCAGAUCUGGGCACCAGUGAAGAGCUGUGGGCGGUAUUUCCUCACAACUUCUGGACAGCCAUUUGUGCUUGAUCCAAACAGUAAUGGGCUUCAUCAGUAUAGAAUGGUCUCUCUAAUGUACAUGUUUUCUGUAGAUGGAGAGAAUGAUGGAUUCCUUGGGAUUCCAGGUCGUGUUUUUCGGAAAAGUUUGCCGGAAUGGUCACCAAAUGUGCAGUAUUAUUCUAGCAAAGAGUUCCCACGUCUCAAUCAUGCUCUCAUUUACAAUGUCCGAGGAACUCUAGCGUUGCCAGUAUUUGAUUCUACUGGGCUGUCGUGCAUUGGUGUUGUUGAACUCAUAAUGACAUCCGAGAAAGUCAACUAUGCUCCUGAGGUUGAUAAAGUGUGCAAGGCUCUUGAGGCUGUGAACUUGAGAAGUUCUGAGAUCUUGGAUCAUCCAAGCGCACAGAUCUGCAAUGAAGGACGCAAAAAUGCAUUAGUAGAGAUUUUGGAGAUUUUGACAGUGGUGUGUGAAACUUACAAACUACCAUUGGCUCAGACUUGGAUACCAUGCAGUCACCGCAGUGUCCUAGCCAGUGAUGGUGGGUUAAAAAAGAGCUGCAGUAGUAGCUUUGAUGGAAGCUGCAUGGGAAGGGUCUGUAUGUCCACAACAGAUGUAGCAUUUUAUGUGGUUGACGCUCACAUGUGGGGAUUCCGUGAGGCUUGUGCUGAGCAUCACUUGCAAAAGGGACAAGGAGUUGCCGGGUGGGCUUUUGCUUCUCAGUGCUCAUGUUUCUGUGAUGAUAUCACACGGUUUUGCAAAACUGAAUACCCUUUGGUGCACUAUGCACGAAUGUUUGGUUUGGUUAGCUGUUUUGCGAUCUUCCUGCAAAGCACUCAUACUGGCAAUGAUAAUUAUAUUCUUGAAUUUUUCUUCCCUCCAAAUGGUGGUGACUACAGUGACGCGCAAGCUCUGUUAAACUCUCUCUUAAUGACAUUGAAGAACCACUUGAAGAGUCUUCGCGUUGCUUCUGGAAACUUACUUGAGCAUGGGUUGGGAUCUGUUAAAACUAUUAAGUGUUCUGAGAUAAAGGAAUCAGUUUUUAUGUCCAAUUCACCUUCGUCUCCCCAGCCUGCUGUCUUACCAAGCACACAGGUUUGCUGUAAUGCAUUCGAAUGCAAGCAACCUGCUCCAGGAAAGAGUACUUCAGAUGGAAGGACUGUAACCGAGUCUCCGGAACCCCAACAUUAUGAAUCCAUUGAUGAGGAUGUUGAGGCGGUUAAGAAGGAGAAAAAACGUGGUAAGGCAGAAAUAACAAUUAGCUUAGAAGUUUUGCAACAACAUUUUUCAGGGAGUCUCAAAGAUGCUGCAAUGAGUCUUGGCGGUAUGCCGUAUGCCCAUAAUUUUCAAUAUAUGUUUGUCAUCAUUCUUAAUUGGUGUGCAUUGUUUUAUUUGUGAUACUAUAAUUGAUUACAUAUAACAAACAUCUCAACUCUUCACUAUCUCAUGAUGCUUUUCAUGUUAGUACUUAGUAGAAAGAACCUAUGAUUAUGCUAGUUUGAAGUUUCAUCUCAGUAUUCCAUCUUGUCCAUUGCCAAUGGAGCUAAAGAGGCAUAAAUGGCAAUGUUUUAU